CCAGUGUGCGUGGUAAAAUGCUAAAGGCGGGUCUAUAUUCAAAGUUUCCUGAUAAUGCCAGUCUCAUUUCGGACUUCAAAACGUACCUCACGGACAGUCUCAGCAUCACCAACUCUCAACAGGAGGCUAACAACGUGUCACGCUUCCUGCGCUAUUUGCAGCCCAAGGGGGAUGAGCCAAAUCUGGACUUCCUCAAGAAGAGCAAAGAUACACGAGAUUACUUGACAAAACUACGACUGACAGACAUGAGCGCAGCCAACAUUCUGCUCUACAUUGAUAACAUGAUACGAUUCGUAGGCUUCCUGAAGAUAAAGCUUGAUCUGGGAAAGGAAGGCGCAGAGCUCCAGUCCAUGUGCCAAGCGUACAAGGACCUGCUGCUGUCACUGAGGAAGCCGGUUGCCAAGGCUUGUUUCCAUGCAGUGGUCACCAAGUAAGUAAAUCGAUUAUCCAAUGGCAUGCGCAGCAUUGCAGAUUGCCAGGAAAUUUUGAACGUUGCAAAGGCAGAAUUCCUGAACAUCUUCAAGAAAUUAAUGGAUGAAUCCGAUGUCUCUGAAGGUGAUAAGACGUCAUUCCGCCAUUACUGUGAAACGGUCAUGGUGUUGGGUCACUUUCAGCACCCAGGAGCUGUGGAGGGCAUGACUGUGAAAGAGUGGAAGAGUAGAAAGCAUGUUGGUGGCAGGGCUGUGAUUUGCAUCCGCCACCACAGAACACUACAGAUCGUCACACUUGCCUUGACACUGGAGGAGGAAGCUUGGUUACAGGCGUACUAUGAUAAAAUUCGCCGUGGAUACCUCAAGGAUAGUUGCAACAAGUUUUUCAUUUCAUCCCAUGGCAAACCUGUUCACAGUGUCUCACAGGAUGUCUAUCGACUCCAUAAAAGCUACAAACUCCAACCUGCCACUAGUAAUGAGAUCCGAAGGGCUGCCAAGACACAGGCAGCAGCAUUUAUGGAGAGCCAAAAGGAGGGUGUGGCACAUCAUAUGGCCCAUAACAGUUUUCUGGCCAACCAGCAUUAUCGAAUGCGAUUGCCAAAGGUUUUAUUGGCCAGAGCUCUAACGCUGGAAUCCUUGAUUGACACUUCAGAGACCUGCCCUCCACCAAGUAAGGACAACCAGCCUUCCGAGCCUACUGAAAAAGACUUUUCUAGCUUCAUCACCACAUUCCCAGUUUCCACAGAAGGCCAGCCACCAGGAAAAAGGAAGAGGGUCACUGCAGGGUUCCCAGAAACCUCCCAGUAUCUCCAGAGACAGGAACAUCUGCUGUCAAAAUACAUCCAUCAGAAACCAUCAGUCAGGAAAUUGGAUAGGCAGAUUAAGAAGCAGGGGUGGACAGCCAACCAUCCAACUCCAGAAGAGAUCCGGCAGAUGUGGAAACCAGCCUCCAAACUGUCCAUUGAGGGUGAUGCUCACACCUACAAGAAAACAAUUCAGCAGAAUUGGAAAGGCCUGGUCAUCCAAGACUUUGGUGGAUAGAAAGGGCUAAGAGUGGUUACAACCAAGCCUUUUGCUGAAGGUGCAGUUGUCUGUGAUUACCAUGGAAUCAUCACCACAGCUGCUGAGGGGAGACAAAUGAUGAGCCACAACUCAGAAGAAGACAUGCGUGGCCUGUUUUUCUUCAGAGCUGGGCAGACGGAACUCUGCAUUGAUGGCCACAGUCCAUGUGAGUGUCACGGAGCCGACACUUUUGGAAGAAGGAUCAAGCAUUCUUCGAAAAAGAGCAACCUGAAGCCACUUCACUGCGUCUUCAACACAGGAGAAGGUGAAAAGCAAGCCAUCCUCUUCAAGGCUGUGAAGGACAUUGACACAAACACUGAACUUUCUUUUGACCACGGUGCCAAGAGGAAGUUCUUCAGAGGAGAGGGCCUGGACCUGAAAUGGCUGGAUGAGUAGAAUAGUCAUGUCGAUGACAGGACUUAACAUCUUGUUGUUACAACAUCAACAGUCCCAGUGUGUAUCCCAGUACUGGAUACCUGCUGGAACUAACAAUGCAUGUACAUGUAUGUAAAUAGUUGUUAAUUGCAUUCAUUUUUUAACUCUUAAAAAAAGUGUGCAUUAAUUAUUUUGUAAAUGUUUUAUUAAAAAAGACACAUGCACACUUAUGUUAAUAGUUGCAUGAUUGAAUACAUUUUCUACUCCUAUAUUUCUUUCUUGGUUUUAUUUUGA